GUGAUUUAAGUCAGCUCAAGUAAAAAAAAACCUAAAUAUCGAUCGCCAUCUACUGGAUCCAAUUGUAAAUCUAUACUAUGUCAUACACCAAAAAAUUCCAUCAAUAUCAUUCCAGCCAUUCUGAAAUUACGCACGUACCUACAUAAGCUCGAUUAUCUAUUUAUACAUUUUUCCAUUUAUUAAUUUACGAGUAUAUGUUUUCCCUAAAACAACAUACGUCAUUUUCGCCUAAUACAUUACUCGAUUCUGUUAACAGUGCAUACCAAAGAUAAGUGUUUAAAAGUGAAUAAGUGGCUCUACCUUAUCAAUCGUUGAUAACGAUCUGAAAACCACCGCAGAAGUAUUAUCGCUUCAGUGUAGUGUUCACUUUCAUCGUGAAAAGGUGUUCACUUGCAGUGCAAGUUUAAAUUCCCAAAAUUAUAAAGGUGUUUUAAAAUGGCACGGAACAAUCUGGAAUUGGGCAUGCGAUGCAUAAAGUACAUGCUACUUUGUGUCACUGCCAUAUUUGUGUUAACAUCAGCCUUGAUCAUCUCAGUGGGCACAACGAUAUACGCGAUCUACUACGAUGUGUCGUUCUUCCUGGACUCGCAGCUGUUCUCGCCGGCCACCUUCAUUAUCGUCAUCGGCAUCAUCAUGCUGUUCGUGUCGCUGUUUGGCUGCAUCGGUGCCUUGAAGGAGAGCACCUGCUUGGUCAACAUUUUCGCAGUGGUCCUUAGUCUGGUGCUAGUGAUGGAGCUAUCGGCGGCCAUUGCAGCGUACGUACUGCGCGCGCAGGUGGCCGACAUGCUGGACCAGAACCUGCGCAACACCUUGCCUUACUACUACACCAACUCUGAAGUGGAGGAUGGCUUUGACUUCAUUCAGUCCAGGUUGAACUGUUGCGGCGUGGACAGCUACCUGGACUGGGGCGAAGUUCCGUCCAACGGUCACGCCGGCAUCGCCGUGUCCAACAUCACCGUGCCGUACUCGUGCUGUGCGCAGACCAGCGCUGAGGUGUUGGGCGAUACCGAGGUGCAGCAGUGCCUCAAGUUGUACGCCAACGGCUGUCUGCCAAGGAUCACGUACCUGAUUUACCAGAGCGCGGGGCUUAUUGGCGCUGGCGCUUUGACCAUCGCUUUCAUUCAGAUCAUAGGCAUAGUUUUCUCCUUCUCCCUGGCCGGUGCUAUCCGCAAGGCGAAGAAUGACCGCGAACGUCGUCGCUGGGAGAUCCAGGAACGCAUGAUCAACGCCUACACCUCCCUCAACCCCGAGAAGGAGCAGAAGCCCGUAGUGUACGUCCCCUUCCAAGGGCAAGCGACUGCGUAAGAUUGGCUAGUCAGUCGCCACCUUUAAUCUAAGGACGCAUUUUCAUUGGUCGAUUUCCAAAACGCAUGCCGUAAGAAGUAUUAUGUUAGUCGUAAUAUGAGAACGUGUUAUUUCUAAAUUGUUUAUGCCUAUGAUUUUUGUUGAAUUGCUUAUGUAGGUAUCUAUGGCAUUAUUUUAUCUAAGGAAGCAUUUCGAUUUUCAGAACGCAUGCCAAAAAACGCAUAUUUUAUAGUCGCACUUUAAUUGAAAGCUAUUUCUAAAUUGUAUGCCUAUUGAACAUAGAUCACUUACUCGUAUGUCACCUUUUUUUUCUGAAAAGCACUUUCAUUGGUCGAUUUCAUAUUAUUUGAUUUCAUAAAAUAUGUCAUAAAAAAAGUAUUUACAUAAACGGGUGUGGGAUUUUUUAAAUUUUUGCCUAAUUUGAAUGUCGUUGAAUGUCAAUGAUCGGUGCUUUAUGACCAAAUCCUUUGACAGUCAACCAGCUAACACAUUUUUCGUUGUUUCAAUACCUAGAGUCUUUACAUGCCACGUAUCUCCAGCUCUUGACCAAUGAAAACGCUCCCUAACUUUAAUUCUUAGGCUAUUGAUACAAAUAAAUAUUUUAAUCCCUCAUCACGUACGGCCUUUUACACAGAACAAUAAUGACGUAGGGUUCUGUGCUUUUUUCUUACGAAAUAAUAAGUAAUUAUAGUAUCUAGUUAUAUCUAAGAAAAUGUUAAACAGAUAAGUAUUGUGAUAGCGGUCUGUGUUGUGAAUAAAGAAAUUAAUUAUA